AGGAACAAAACCAUAUUUUAUUUAUCAGCAGCAGAUCCGAGUUCCAGCCAGAGCCAAGGGUUCCUCAAGGGUAUCAGCAGAUAUACGUGACUGCUGGCUCUGUUCUCUUUUCUUUAAUGAGUAAGUGCCCAGUCGGGCACCGACAACCAAAUUCCCAAGGGGAAACUCUGUACUUCCCAUCUCCGUAGCAAGAAAAGACAGACCCAUAACAACGUUCUCCUCACAAACCCCGCUGCCUUGCCAAAAUCGCACUGACGACUCCCUCUGUGCAGCGCUACACCCGCCGGCCCGUCCCCGCGGCAGUCCCACUGCCGCGGGCAGGGACCCCUGGCAGCCCCCUCUGGGAAACGCUUCCUGACAGGACCGCCUUCGCCUCAGCCUCCAUGGCCGGAUUUUCAGACUUUUGGGAGACGAGAGCGCAGCAGAGCGUCACAGGGAGCGCCGGGGCGGGGCCGGUGUUAGCUGCUUCAUGAACAGCCCCUCUCCCUCGCCUGCCCACCCCGCCUGGCGCUGAGGGGCGUGUGGAGACCGGCCCCCAACGGCCGCGCCUGGCGCUCACCCCAGGAUGGUGGUGGUGGGGGGGGCUUCGGGGGUGUCGCGGGCAGCCCGCCCCGAGCACACGGCGGGAGGGGCGAUCGCCUCCUCCUCAGAGGGGGCGAGCCGGGCAUUGUGCAGAGAUCUGUCCGUCUGGGUUCUCCAGGGGACCAGCUCCUCCCCGCCGCGGCGCUCUCCCCGGGGCCGCCUCUCCCCCCGCCCCGCCGGGUCACUGCAGGUGACACGACCCCGCUAGAGGCGCCUCCCGCAGGCUGGGGUCGCGGCGAGAGGGGAGUGCGUCCUCCCGCGCGAGAGAGGGCGCUGUCGCCGGGGAGCGCGUUUGACUCCGCCGCCGCCAUCUCCUUCUCUGAUCUCAUAAAGGUGUCGCGCAGGUUCCGCCUGGGCUCGUCAUUCAGCCGCCCCGGGCCUGGCGCAGCCGCCGCCGGCCUGCUCCGCGCCGCGGCCCUUCGGCCCGCCCCCUUCCCGCCCGCCCUCUCUCGCGGGGCCGCUGGCCGGCGUAAGCCGCGACCGCACUCCCGCCCCGGCUGAUCGGCGGGCGCUGGUGCCCUGCCCGCCCCUUCCUUUCCCCCUCCUUCCCCUCACCCCGGCCCCCUCUCCCGCCGGCCGGGCCCCGGAGCGCCGCCGCCGUUGGGGUGUGAGUAGGGCCCGGCGCCUUGCCGGGCCGUCCCCUCGCCGGCGGGGCCAUGGCCGCGAGCGCCAAACGGAAGCAGGAGGAGAAGCACCUGAAGCUGCUGCGGGAGAUGAGCAGCCUCCCGCCCAACCGCAAGUGCUUCGACUGCGACCAGCGCGGCCCCACCUACACCGACAUGACGGUGGGCAGCUUCGUGUGCACCUCCUGCUCCGGCAUCCUACGGGGCUUGAAUCCACCCCACAGAGUGAAGUCAAUUUCAAUGACUACUUUCACACAACAGGAAAUAGAAUUUCUGCAGAAACAUGGAAACGAAGUGUGCAAACAGAUUUGGCUAGGCCUAUUUGAUGAUAGAUCAUCAGCAAUUCCAGACUUCAGGGAUCCACAGAAAGUAAAGGAAUUUCUACAGGAAAAAUAUGAAAAGAAAAGAUGGUAUGUUCCUCCAGAGCAAGCAAAGGUGGUGGCAUCAGUGCAUGCAUCCAUAUCGGGAUCUUCUGCUAGUAGUACAAGCAGCACACCUGAGGUGAAGCCACUCAAAUCUCUCUUGGGAGAAGCUGCACCCGCACUGCACUUAAACAAGGGCACACCUAGCCAAUCUCCUGUUGUAGCUCGAUCUCAAGGGCAGCAGCAACAAGAAAAGAAACAAUUUGACCUCCUCAGUGACCUUGGCUCAGAUAUCUUUGCUGCUGCUCCUCCCCAGUCAACUGCUACAGCAAAUUUUGCUAAUUUUGCACACUUCAACAGUCAUACAGCGCAGAACUCUGCAAAUGCAGGUUUUGCAAAUUUUGAUGCAUUUGGACAGUCUAAUGGCUCGAGUAAUUUUGGAGGUUUCCCCACAGCAAGGCAGUCUUUUCAGCCCCAAAAUACAGCGUUCAGAACGCUUUCAUCUAGCUGCAGUUUUGGUGAAUUUACUUCAGCUUUUCCUCUCCAGGCUGUACACAGUGGAAGUGCUGGAUCAGUGAAUGCUAACUUUGCUCACUUUGAUAACUUCCCCAAAUCCCCCAGUGCUGAUUUUGGAGCCUUCAAUGAUUCUCAGAGCAACACAACAGCAACUGCAGCCAGUAAAGCUGCAGUGAAUAAACUGAAUCUACAGUCAGCUGACAAAUAUGCAGCUCUUGCUAAUUUAGAUAAUAUCUUCAGCACAGGGCAAGGUGGUAGUGAGCAAGGAAGUGGCUUCAGUACAGUAGUGUCAGCAUCAGCAGGUCCUGCGUUGUCAGCCCCAAAUCAGUCAAGUGCAUCUUCAGACAAGUAUGCGGCUCUAGCAGAGUUAGACAGCGUGUUCAGCUCCACAGCAACCUCUAGUAAUGCGUAUACUUCCACCAGUAAAGUUAGCAGCAAUGCUUUUGGAACAGUACCUGUGGCUGCUACUGCACAGACACAGCCUGCGUCUUCGAGUGUGCCUGCUCCAUUUGGAGCAACACCUUCCACAAAUCCAUUUGUAGCUGCCCCUGUUGCCCCAGUGGUACCUUCAACAAAUCCAUUCCAGACCAAUAGCCGAGGAGCAACAGCAGCAACAUUUGGUACUGCGUCCGUGAGCAUGCCUGCAGGAUUUGGAACUCCUGCCUCCUACAGUCUUCUUCCUACUAGUCUUAGUGGCAAUUUCCAGCAGCCCACGUUCCCAACCCAGGCAGCUUUCUCUCAACAGACUGCUUUUGCUCAGCAGCCAAAUGGAGCAGGUUUUGCUGCAUUUGGACAGGCAAAGCCUCUAGUAACUUCUUUUGGACAAGUUGCAGCUGUUGGAGUACCUAGUAACCCUUUUAUGGCUGGUGCACCAACAGGACAAUUUCCAACAGGAAGCCCAUCAACCAAUCCUUUCUUAUAGCCUUAUAGACACUUUACCCAAAAGAACUCUUAUGUGGUCACAUAACAUCUCUGCGCCUCUUGCACUGUUGUCUUGUUUCACUGAUAUUAGCUUUAAACACAAAAGAAGUCUUUAAGAAGUAAAAAUAAAAGCCUGCAUUGUGUACCUUUAAGAAAAUGAAAAAUAUUAAUAAAAAAAAACCCCAAACAAAAAGAAAAAACCACCACAAAAGCCACAAAAACCCCCAAGAAAAUCAACCCCCCCCCCCCCAGGUAAUAACGUGCAAAACAGAGGGCUGUGGUAACAUCCUUGAACCUGUGAACUGGCAGGUAAAAAGUAGCGGUAUCAUGUAUAUUAAAAUUGGCUAGUAAGUUAUUGCAGAUACCACAUUCAUUAUGCUGCAGUACUGUACAUAUUUUUCUUAGAAAAUAGCUAUUUGUGCAUAUCAGUAUUUGUAACUUUAACACAUUGUUAUGUGAAAAAUGUUACUGGGGAAUAGAUCAGCCACUUAAGGUGCUGUUGUAUCUCUUGGAAUGAAUGAGCUACAUCAUUUUAACCAUUGGUAUUAGAAGUCAUGAAGUUAAAUUGAAGGUUUGUUCAUUUCUCAAUGUUUUCCUUUCCUAAGAGCUCUUCUAUUUAUACAUGCCUAAAUCUCUAAUGUUAGAGGGAUACCUGUCUGCAUAAUAAAGCUGAUCAUGUUUUGCUACAGUUUGCAGGUGAAAAAAAUAAAUAUUAGAAAAAAAAAACCCUGUGUAGCAUUA